AUGUCGUGCAGGAGAUACCUACCGCCAGAGUUCGUGACUAUGCAAAUAGUAUCAAAAGAAUUCGACAUAUACAGCUUGGGGAUAAUAAUCUUAGAAAUGAUGGCAGGGAUUUCAGCACACUCCUUAUUGCAUGACAUGAUUUCUGAAGAAUUUAUCAAGUUUGUACUUGGGAAGUGGAGGAAAAGGCUAGAAGCAACAUUGACGGGCCGCCGUCUAUUAAUAGUGGAUAUAUAUUGCAACCAAGUGAAGAAAUGCAUAGAAAUUGCAUUGGAAUGCGUGGAUGCUGACAGGCAGAGAAGACCCAGCAUAGGCCAUGUUGUCAAUGCGUUGGACGAAACAGAAAACAGAAUUCAUGAAGCUGAAUCAGAGUGGAACGAUGAAGAUAGCAGAUCUAGUUACACAAAGAAUAGUUCGAACCGUCCAUACAAGACAAGAAAUUAUUCAUAUAAAUUACUGAGAGAAAUAACAAAUGAUUUCUCAGAAGAUAGACUAAUUGGUGUAGGAGGGUCUGGAAGCGUUUACAAGGGAGUCAAUGAAGAUGGAAGGGAAAUUGCUGUGAAGAUUCUUCAUUUUAACGGCUUCAGUGGAGUCGAUUCUGAGCACUUCCAGAAUGAAGUUUAUAGUAUGGGAAUGAUCCAGCAUGAAAAUAUUGUACGAUUAGUUGGCUACUGUGAUGAAACAGAAAAGUUACGUGUAGAACACCAUGGAGUUGCUGAAAAAUUUCAUCGAGCACUCUGCUUCGAGUAUUUGCAGAAUGGAAGCCUUACAAAGCAUAUUUCAUCAGGUAAGGUAUUCAAAAACUGGAGGAGAAGGCUACAGGAAUCAUUGAAGGGCCGGUCACUGGAAGGAUAUUGCCAACAAGUGAAGAAAUGCAUUGAAAUAGCAUCGCAGUGUGUGGAGGGAGACAGGCACAAAAGACCCAACAUAGGAGCCAUCGUCCGUAUGUUGGAUGAAACCGAAACCAUGAUUAUGGUUCAUGAUGCUGGUAAGCUGCUUGACGUGGAUCCGAUGGAACUUCGAUUCCCGUUGAAGCCAAAAAGGUUCGCCUCCUCCUUGCUGCGGCUACGCAACAAGGAAGACCACCAUGUGGCAUUCAGGCUUGUGUCCAAAGGCCAGAAGAUGUACCACACCAACCUGCCCCUCCUCGGCAUUGUGCCACCAAAGUGUACCUACACCAUCGCCCUGAGGAUGAGUAACCAGCAGAAGCGACCACAAUUGGACGGCGAUGAAGGCUUACUGGUACAGAGCGUCGCAGUGAGCCGUCAGCAGUGUCUUGACCAAGCCUCGGUCGUCCGAGAGUUUCAAAGUCACUUUAACAAAGCACAAGAGUCGGACGACGAUGAGGUGCAAGAGCAAGAGGUGACAUUGGAGUUUGUUUCUUCUCCGCCAACUGAAGAGGCAUCAUCCAAGGAAUGGAUUGUGGCUGGUGAUGGCAAUGGCUGCAUCCAUGUAUUUGGCUACGAUGAAUACCAAGACACCACAAGCUUCGAAGCGCAUAAUGGUCAGAUCAUGUCCUUGGCUGUUCAUCCCAAGAAUUCUUAUGUACUGUCAUCAUCUCAUGAGGAUCACCUGAUUAAGCUCUGGCACUGGGACAAGUACUGGGACUUUGAGAAGGGGCCUUGGGUGUGCACUCGAACAUUUGAGGGGCACUCUAAUAAAGUGUCACAUGUUAUUUUUAACCCAGAUGGCACUGACAGUUUCGCCAGCGCGUCCUGGGAUGGCACGGUCAAGAUCUGGGACUGGGGUCUUAACUCUGAUGUGUGUAACACCAUCACGUUGGACGCACAUCCGGAUGGCCUUCUUUGUAUUGAUUACAUCACUGGUGCUGAUCCUCAGCAUCUUAUCACUGGCUCCAAGGAUCAGACUGCGCAGAUCUGGGACCUGAAGAUAAAGAGGUGCAGGGAAUUCCUACAAGGGCAUGCACACCAUGUUAGUGUUGUCUACUGUCACCAAGAGCUUCAUAAGCUAUUUACAGGUUCACUUGAUGGGACUGUUCGGAUUUGGGAUUCCAUGACAUACAGGCUUGAGAAUAUUAUUGCUCUUAACCUCGGAGCAGUUUCCGAUGUUGGAUAUAUAGAUGAGUUACAAAGUUCCAGUUCAGGUUUCCAGAUAGAUGGAAGGGACACAUUUUGUGAGAGCAUUCGAGAUUUGCGGAAGUGUGCCGUGGGCUUGCCAGCAGGCCCAAAAUAA